AUGGCGGACGAAGACGGUGACCCAGAGUUCACAUUUUCAUCCUAUGAGGAUGCUGACCAUUUUAUUGAGGAGUACGAAAUAGAGUCAGGAUAUCGCCAUGUGAAGCAAAAGAGUAAAAGAACUCAAGAGACAGAUAUAACAAGUAUUGGAGAACAUAAAUUGUUGCUAGUGGACAAAUCACAGAAAGGGCCAACCAUCGGAAGUGAAUGUGUUUUUGUUGUGGUUGGAACAGAAUUGAGAGAAUGUAUGCAUGGCAUGAAAAGACAGAAAAGAAAGGAGAAGGAGCACAUCGACCAUGACUAUAGAAAGUCGAGAACUAGGGCACAAGAUACGAAGAAGAUGGGUUGCCAAGCAAAGAUUUACAUAAAGACAAUCCUGAAGUUUCCCGAUUAUAAAUUCCCAGAGGUAGACACAAAACAUAACAGAACUCUGAUCACAAAAAGAUUGAAGCAAGAGUUUUCAAGCACCACAAGAAAAGUUAUCCAAGUUAUUGUUAAGGUGGUGGGAGAACACAGUUACCAUGAUAUUGGAGAGGCUGCAGACUUCAAUCAACCAUUGGACAAAAGAGUGGUUUCUUUUAUUAAGAAAAAAGUGAGUGAUGGGAUCAGAAAUGUUGAUGAAGUAAUGUCUCGUGUCAAUGACUUAGACGCUGUCAGCAAGAGCAGACUAACCAACAGAAGAUUUCACCCGGCAAGAAAAAUGGUUUACAACAUUAUGUAUAAUGAAAUCAAUUCUGUAAAGUAUGUGAAAGAUGACCAAGUAAACACUGGUUUAUAUUUGGAGGAAAAAAGAAAGAAUAAAGAUGACAGCGUUUUUUUUAGACCAUCGUCAGAUCCAGAGACAGAUACAGAAGAUUUAAGCAGUCUUCUGUUUGUAUACCAAUCUAAAUUCCAAAAAAACAUUCUUCAGAAGUAUCGGAAAGAGGUAGCUAUCCUUGACGCCACCUACAAUACCACCAAGUUUGAACUUCCAUUGUAUAUGGUUGCAGUACAAACUAAUUCUGGCUUUGUAGUAGUGGGGUCAUUUAUAGUUGGCAGAGAUACGAAGCUCCAGGUAGAGGAGGCUCUGGGAAUGAUAAAAUCAUGGAACCCCACAUGGUCGCCCAGAUAUUUCCUGAUGGACUACAUUCUUAGAGAAAUUGGGGCAUUAGAGAACACGUUCAAAGGUGUUCAGGUAUUCUUGUGCCAAUUUCACAUAAUACAAGCCUGGAAGAAUUGGUUGUCAUCAAACAAAGAUUUAUCUAAAGACCAGAAGGAAACUUUGCUUGAAACACUGAGAGCAAUAUGUAAUUCCUCAUCUGAAGAAACUUACAGUGAGCAGGUCUCCACUUUGAAGGAUACAGAGCUUUACAGAAACAAUAAGAGACUGCGAGGAUGGCUCGAAGCAAGGUGGUUUCCUGAACAUAAGAGAUGGGUAGAUUAUAACCGAGAAGAAAUGACACUGAGAAAUGAUACCACAAACGGGCUUGAAGUUCAGCACAGGUUAUUCAAAGAGAACUUUCUGAAGAAGUAUGGGUUUGGUGGCUCUUUGCAGUCAGUGGUUGAGGUUCUAAUAGAGAAAUACUGUCCAGCAAUGGAAAUAAGGUAUAAAGAGAAGAACGCUAAAGCCAGUAGCACUAGUAAGCUGUACUCUGACAAUGUGCCAGAAUUUUUAAGAAACCGACCGAGUGAUUUCGUCAAACACUGCCUGCAAAGAAUGCCACCCAAAGUUGCAGUGCUGGAUCAAAGCAAUGUAUCAUUUGACAGUCCCGAAAGGUGCCAGCUAAGGAGUCCAGACAGUGACAUAACCUAUUCAUUAUCAUUUGUUAAUAUGAUGCCAGUAUGUAGCUGUCUGGACUUCAAGAAGAAACACUGGCCAUGUAAACACCUUUUAGGUGUGAUGUUAAAUUUCCCUGAUUACAGCUGGGAAUCUUUGAAUGCUGUUUAUACGGGACAGAACUGUUUCUCUCUUGAUCAAAGUUUAACAAAUGAAGACAUCGAAAUUGAAACCAGCUCACAGCCUCUACAUGCAGACUCAGAAGACACAGAAGAGUCAUUCUUGAAUAUGCAGAAAAAGUGUCUUUUACUAAUUCCAGAAAUUCAAAAUAACAUCUACUGUGUAAACAACAUAGAAAUUCUACAAGAAACACAUUCCAAAUUGAACAGCUUGAACACUUUCUUAAUGAAAAACAUACCAAAACUGAAUCGGUUACCGCUCCGGAAAAAUCGACAAAGAAAAAUCAGAAAAAUCAAAAGAUUGACUGGGAAAAAAACAGAGAAGUUCAAAACACAUGCAGAAAAAGGCAUUAAAAAAAAGGCGAAAUCAACAGAGGUUUCUCAAAUUGACGUAGCAAAGGUUUCUCAAAUUGACGCAGCAAACGAAAGCAAUUUGGACCAGCAGUGUAGAAGAGCUCUUCAGGAAAUUUGGGAAGGUCCUGGUAGUGAUGAGCCAGUGGUGCAGAUAGGUCCUUUUACAGUAACAAAAGCCAGUCUUCACUAUUUGAAAUCAACCUUAUCAGAUGAGCUGAUAGAUGCAUACUUAUCCUUGUUGGUGAAAGGAAGUGAUAUUCUUCAUAUAAACUGUGUUGUUGCAACAGCUAUAUUUACUGGAAAUUCUUCAAUGCAUAGCUUCCUUACUAAUACUGUUCUGGGCAUACAUGAUACAUGUAUUUGUGCAGUUAAUGAAGGUGGAGUGCACUGGGUUCUUGUGCAAUUUCUUAGCUGGAAGGCAGACAGAGGGUAUAGAAGAAUUUGACAGUCAUUGGGAAAUUGAAACUCGUAGCCAUGGAAAACAGACAGAUGGAUCAUCAUGUGGUAUUUAUGUCCUGACUUUUGCAGAGAAAUAUAUAAAUGGUGAAGACUUCAAUUUUGAUUGGGGACCACAUGAUGUAUUGACAAAACGUGUGAAUGUUGGAAAGAAACUUCUGUUAGCA